CUCUCAGCAUUAGGUUUCUUUGUAGCGGCUGACGAAAGAGAAACCGUAACCAUGGCGACUCAACCUGCGGUCGAAUCAGUGCAAUGCUUCGGAAGGAAGAAGACCGCAGUGGCCGUCACCCACUGCAAGCGUGGUUCUGGUAUGAUCAAGCUCAACGGUUGCCCAAUCGAGCUUUUCCAGCCUGAGAUCCUCCGAUUCAAGGUGUUCGAGCCGGUCCUUCUCCUCGGAAAGCACCGUUUCGCAGGCGUGGACAUGAGGAUCCGUGUCAACGGUGGUGGUCACACUUCCCAGGUCUACGCCAUCCGUCAGAGUAUCGCGAAGGCUCUUGUUGCGUUCUACCAGAAGUAUGUGGAUGAGCAAUCGAAGAAGGAGAUUAAGGAUAUCUUGGUGAGGUACGACAGGACUCUUCUUGUGGCGGAUCCGAGGAGGUGUGAGCCGAAGAAGUUUGGAGGUCGUGGUGCUCGUUCUCGUUUCCAGAAGAGUUACCGUUAAAAAUGCUGGUUUGUUUUUGUUAUUCGAUUUCGAAUCAUCUUAAGGUUUUUUUUGGAGUAUUUGAGUAUGGACUUGUGAUCUGAGACUCGUUAGAUUUUAUAAUUUCAGUUUUCUUAUGCUUUUUUUGGAUAAUGGUGAUUCUCCAAGAAACUUAUGUUAUGCUAUCGUUUCUUAUCUUAAAGUUCUUAUUUUAUUUCA